AGCGUAGCGCAUAUUCUCAUUUCAUUCACUUUCCUAUACAAUUCUUUCGCAACACGCUGCUCGUUUGCAGAACUUUCUCAAAUGGCGUCCUUCGAUGAAGCUCCUCCCGGAAACCCCGCCGCCGGCGAGAAGAUCUUCAGAACCAAGUGCGCUCAGUGCCACACCGUCGACAAAGGCGCCGGCCACAAACAAGGACCCAAUCUGAACGGUUUGUUUGGAAGGCAAUCUGGGACAACUCCUGGAUAUUCCUAUUCUGCGGCCAACAAGAACAAGGCUGUGGAUUGGGAGGAAAAGACCUUGUAUGAUUACUUGCUGAACCCCAAGAAGUACAUCCCAGGGACAAAGAUGGUUUUUCCUGGUCUUAAGAAGCCUCAAGAACGUGCUGAUCUUAUUGCAUAUCUGAAAGAUGCCACUUCAAAAGAAUAGAAUUUACAUACAUUCUUAUGCAGUAUGCUUUUCAAACCUGGAGUUAUAAUUUUCGUACAUUUGAUUAUGUGGUGCAAUAGCCACUUUUCUUGGCAAAUAAAGCAAACUUGAUUAGUUUGCAGUGCUAUUUUGUUCCUUUUGCAUUGCAUUGCUUCUUGAGGGUGCGUAUAUUGGCUAGACUAAUAUUUGAACACAUUGGUUGUUGAAAGUUGAAACAUUCUUAUCAAAUUUUACUUACAUCGAAGCAUAUUUUAGUCUUUA